CACACUGGCACGCACAUUUCAUCACAGUGCGAUGUCUCAUCGGACUUGUCAUCGUCUUGAAUGUUUUCAGCAGCAUCACAGCCAUGGACGAUAUAUUCGCACCAGCAAGUGGUGGAACAACCUCUGGAGAAGGUAAUGAAAUCCCCCGAAUCACUUGCUUGUUUCUCCAGUCUUCUCUCCUUCACAUAACUUCUUCCUUCUUACCUUACAGCUAUCUCCAACUCUUAACUUUUAAGUCUUAACAACACUCACAGCAACUAUUUAUUCUUAUUACACGGCGCUCUACUCUUAAACCCCAACACUCAUCCAUAGCUUUUACUAUGCGUGCUUCUCACUUCUCCACUCUUUUCAUCAAGAGUGUCUUUAAAACUUCUUCCUCCUCGCCUGCUUCCAGUUCCUCUCCUCUUAAGCUUACCGCCUCCCAUUAUACUCUUUCUACCAUUAUCAGCGACGUUAAAAAGAUGAAGAAGGCUAGCGUUGUUGUUGUGCUUCAGCUCGAUGGUGAGGAGAAUGACGAGAAGGAGACUUUUCUGGGAGAAUUCGAAAGUAAGGUGGCUGCUUGUGAGCCUUUAGAGCAAGAUAAGGCGUACGAGAAAAUCUCUGUUCCUGUCGAGUCAAUCAACUCUGUGCAAGUUUCCACUUGCACUUCCACUAACAUUAAAACCUCCUUUGAAUCAAUUCAGGGGAAAACCUCCGCUUCAACUUCAACGGAAACCUCCCUUCCCGUCUCUAAACUCAACGACCUCGAUCACGACCCCUUCGGCACUUCCCCCGUCAAAGUUCAGGUCGUCCGCUCCUACAACUACCUUGGCGUCUCGGACAAGCUGAGGUCAUUCCCUCCUGUUCGCCCCAACAGCAUACAGGCUAAUGAAGACGUAAAAGAGGUCAUGAAAGCCUUCAUGGACCACUACAAGCCUAAGCAUGCGUCUGAAACCUCUGAAGCCACUGUGUCUCCUGUCACCAUCGUCUCUCACAACAAUGCGGCCAGGACUGCCUCUCGGGACAUUGAUUCAGUCUCCACCACUACAUAUGUUCCGUAUACUGAGGACGACGAUACAGCUGCAUUUACCGUUAUUCCCGCUGGCACACCAACUCAUGGUCACGAGAAGUCGGACUCUAUUGACUUUAUUUUCACCAUGUACCUGCGUAUGUCUGACGACGAACUGUCAUUCAGGGACCGAUCCACCACUUUUUCUCCCUUAUUUGAUGAAGCAGGCAUUACCUCAAGCGUUCAACAUGAUAGCACUGCCGAAGAAGGCUUUGCCGUCAUUACCACGCCCGAAGCCAACGAAAUUUCACCCGAAACCUCUACCGCGUCCGAAGACCAUGCCUCAUCCAACAAUGGUAGCUUCACCACUUCCCAUGAUUCUACUAUUGAGGACAGCCCUGCUUAUUCUCUUCCAGCCUUUAUGACCUUCACAUCUAUAGACACAGCACCCUUGGGCCUUUCACUUCCUAUUCCCACAUUCCCCGAGGAAUCUUACUACGCUAGCAGCUCAGCUAUGAGCAUCAGGGACAUUAUCGUCACUCCUAACCAUUCUAUCGACUCGGCGGACCACUUCACUAUCAGAAAAGCUUUGACUGACAACAAGAAUGCAUCUUCCAAAGAUGCGUUUGUUGUUGUUCCCUCGGCACUGUUUGAGAAUAACGAGAGGAAGUAUUCUCUGCCCUCAAUCCAAAGGUUUAGGACCGCACAACAAUCGAUUAGGAACUAUAGGCAUACAGAGAAGGUACCCCCGAGGUUCACAGCGGCUCGCCAACGCUAUGGACGUAACUCCAGUAAUGGUGGCAAAGAAAGAUCUGACAAGGAACCUCAGGAUACUAUCGAAACACCUGCCCUCAAUGCUAAGCCUAGAUUAUCAUUAGCGUCUUCGUUAGAGAGAGAUUUUAAGCCUGUACGACAAUCAUCCAAGAGCUACAAGGUCAACAGGAUGACUCCGGUUAAAUCUUCACAGGCGAGCGAUCUGCCUCGACGAUUUGUGUUGGCUGAUCGUUUCUCUUUGGGCUUUUAAAGCACUAUGCUAUGUUCAACCUGAUGCCGGAUAUGACGCACCUACUUUUGUGUAUUAUUUACAAUGCUCUGGCUGCUGGCUAUUACCUCUGUCGGACUUGGGGAAUGUCUCGCAGUGAACUGAGGUCUCCCGCUUUGCCUUAGUCAUUUUUGCGCAAGUUAUAAUCAAAUUUGUUUGUUGUUAUCCAAGGGAUCAAAUGAACCCAUCAGUUGGCGACGGCUGCGAGCCUUCCUGCGUACCUAUGACAAAAUAACCAAAUACUUUAGAAUUUGGGGUAUCGUGACAACGUUACUGAUUGUUUUGUUGGUAACGUCCAGCAACAAUUACAUCAAGUUGUUCAACAGGCUCGUGUCCAUCAUUUAAGAAACUAGCUUCCUCCUGUCAUCUGCCUUAUUGGUCUCGAAUCAGUCAGUGUUCGAACAAAUUUACCUUUCGGCAUCUUAUACUUCCAUUCCGUUCCUCAGCUCACUAUCUUGUGCAGCAAAGCGUCCAUCCGGAAUAUACUCAGCAAGGAACUCGAGGCAGAGAGGUUCAGCCUAAUGUCCUCUUCUGGAUGUUCAUUUUGACUUGAAUAGAUUCUGAUCUUUGAAGGCAAAACAUACAUAUCAAGACUUCAUGCUAUGCUAGACAAAGAUAGAUAACGUAAACAACAAGAAGCCAAAGAAGUCUUCUUUUCAAGCAUAAGUCUAAGCCUCUCCGUCCACGACCUCUAAUCAUCUCUUUUCUAUAUUCUAACCUCGGCUUCGGAUCGGCGCUUCCCCUUGAUAUCCCGCCACAGGGAUAGAAGUAGUAUUAGAGUGGUUAAUGUCAGAGGAAUGGUAUUCGCUGGCAAG